UGUGGUACAUCAGGCCCAUUCAAAUGCUGAGUAACUUCCUGUAUGCUCUGAACCUGGCUGGACGACCUCUGUUUACAGCGUGUAUCUGUCUGGACUGCUACCUGGCUGUGGUCCAUCCUGUCACCUACCGCACCAGGAAGAGUCUGACCCCCCGCGUCCUCAUGGCUGCGGCUGUGUGGACCAUCACGGUGACUCAAGGGAUCACGUUCACAGUCGUCAGUGAGAUGAACCACAGCGCCUGGGCCAUGUCUGUGUACGUCAUAGCACUGCCCAUCAUCAUCUCAUGUGAUGUCUCCAUCCUCUGGACUCUGAAGAAGUCUGUCCAUGCAGGCGGAGACCUCCACCCCAGGAAGAAGAAGGCUCUGCAGAUCAUCACUAACAGCAUGGUCAUGACUGUCACAUCGUACGUCCCCCCAGUCCUGGCGUACAUCCUUGGAGAUCUGAUCAUCAGUGAUGACACAGUGUAUGAAUGCUUUUUGGCCAUACCGAUCCUGAUAACUCCAACUGCAGGGAGUGUGAUCAUGCCUCUGCUCUAUCUGGGGAAUCUGGGGAGUGUGAAGAGUCCCUGCUGUUCAGAUAGUUAG